UUGACAAAACUGUCAUCACAACUUUUAUUAAUUUUCACGAUAAGACCGAAUUUCUUGUAUUUAUACAAAAAUUUAAGAAAUACGUGGCGUUUUUAAUAACUUUUGUUAUAAAUUAAAAUGAAUUAAUAGCGGACAAUUGCAGUAUUAAACAAACAUGGCAUUUCUAGAAUAUUUACAACUGAUACUCUUCAUUGGUUCCGCUAUAUUUGCGGCGCUUUUAAUAUCGCUAUUUAUAGUACAAAAGUCAAUAACUGCACCUUUACCGGUUAUAAAAAGGCGCAAACAGGAGAAAACCUUUUUAGAUCCAAAUAUUUUGAAAAAUUUCGAAUUCCCCAGCAUAGAAGAUGAACCUACAGUUGAUUUGAGUGUGAUAGUACCAGCAUACAAUGAGGAACAGCGCAUGCCUGUCAUGUUGGAAGAGUGCCUGGAAUUUUUAGAGGAAAAAACAAAAGCUGGUAAUUUCUCAUACGAGGUAAUUGUGGUCAGUGAUGGCAGUUCGGAUGGCACCGUUUCUGUAGCUCUUAAAUACACGAAAAAAUAUACGGUCAAUAAAGUGCGUGUAUUGGAAUUGAUUGAAAAUCGUGGCAAGGGAGGUGCCGUUAGAUUGGGUAUGUUAAGUGCUCGUGGCCGUAAUCUCUUAUUCGCUGACGCAGAUGGCGCUACCAAAUUUUCCGACUAUGAUAAGUUGGCAGAUAUUUUACCCAGCAUAGCUGGAGAUUGGAAAGAUGAUGCUGUUGUAAUUGGAUCAAGAGCUCAUUUAGAAAAGGACGCCAUUGCGUCAAGAAGUGCUUUAAGAACAUUCCUUAUGCACGGUUUCCAUUUUCUAGUCUGGCUCUUUGCCGUGCGCAGUGUAAAAGAUACACAGUGCGGAUUUAAGCUCUUGACAAGAUCAGCUGCUAUAAAAUUAUUCAAAAGUUUGCAUGUGGAAAGAUGGGCUUUUGAUGUUGAGUUACUUUAUUUAGUCGAACGUCUUAACAUUCCAGUACGUGAAGUUGCCGUCAAUUGGCAAGAGAUUGAAGGUUCAAAACUAACACCUUUCUGGUCGUGGAUACAAAUGGGUGUCGAUUUAUUUUUAAUAUGGUUCCGUUAUUUGGUUGGCGCUUGGCAAAUCGAUGUUAAACCCCAUAAGCAAUAAUAUUAUUUCGUUGUAUAUACUCUUCUUUUUUCCUAAAUUUUAUGAGUUUUUAUAAAGUUUUUACUUUUCUAAAAAGUAUUUCGAAAGAUUUUUUGAUGUAAGCGCUAAAAUGAAUAUUUAAGCUGAAUAAGUCGUUUGCAUAAUUACUAAAAAUAAAGUUUCCUUUUUUUAA